AUGUGCAUCUACGACCUCACACACUUUGCCUGUAGCGCAGAAGCAUACCACCUCUAUUGGCGAUGCCAUAGGGACUCCCUCUGCCUACCGCAUGUACGCUGGAUACGCACUACAACAUCAUUCUGCCGACUUUGCACCUGGGACGUGCUGGAAGGCAAUAUAUAUCUUCCAGGAUUCGGCCCUCCACCUGGUCCACCUACAUACUACUACUUCAACGGAUAUUGUUGGGGCACCGAGUACGGCUAUCACUUGAUGUAUCCGUAUCAGAACACCUACCUGAGCUACGGCUACGAGCAGCAAUGGUACCCUAACUCGCAGGGAAGAUGGGCAGCAGACCAACACCAAGCUCCUAUGGCGACAAAGUAUCCGACCACUUGCACUGACACUGACGCUCCAGGUGGCCACAGUGACCACCGCAGCCAUGCUGAUGAAGACGACAGUCCGCCUCGGUCGUUGUACUUCACCACAGAACUCGAGACAGAUCAAGAACCGGUGGCCGUAGAGCAGGCUGACAGUCACGACUGCUCAGACGACGGGGACGAGCAGCAGGGCCCUCAAUUCACCUACUACGAUCCUCUCCUUGCCCGCAUCCCGGCGGGAGUGAAAGCUUCACCUCGUCACCAUACGUACAGAAGCUUCUCACCGCCGCUGGACGCUGUCUCCCCUACUGACGGCCCCGACGAGCAGCCACGACCUCGAUUCAUCUACGACUCCCGUUCUGCUGCUGGCACAAGGUUCCAGGAGAAUGACUCUCCAAGGUACCUUCGGGAGGAGAGCGCUAUACCACAGGACAAUCCGUAUUUCGGUGACGGCCUUGACGAACAGUCGAGCCCCAAAUUCCUCUACAACUCUCCCUUUGCUGCCGAUGCCGAAGCGGUAGAGCGUAAGUCGCCACAUUAUCAUCUGUACGAACGCUACUCGCAACAGCGAGACGCCGAGUCUCUCCACAUCCAUCGCGACAACCGAUAUCGCCGCCGCUAUAUCGACAACUAUGCUGCUGCUCCGGGGACACCGGUACGCCGUGGCAAGGAAAGAGAACAGUCCUCAAGCGAAGACUCCUUGGGGCCCAUCACAGCAUCAUCGGUCCACUCUCGACAGAGCAACGACGACCCAUUCGUCAGUGAGCCAUCGACUGCUCCCGAACGUCAGCCGAUUAAGCCAACGCGGCGCCCCAAGAGAUUCCAGGGCACAAGUCCUCCAUCCUGGGGCAGGCGGGCAGACACGGACCGCUUGCACAAGGUGGCGGAUAAGCUCCAAGGUGUCGUGGACGAACUACGUUGCUUUGCGAAUGGCGAACCUGCUGAGGGCUACUCACCAUCGGCGAUCAACCGAUCGUAUGGAAGUCCGUCACCUCGGCCGAGAGCGUCAAAGCGAGGGCACAUGAGGUCUCGUUCACCGAGUCGUUCUGGAAAGCAUCAUUCCAGAGACUAUCACUCUUACCAUGACCGUGACACUGGCAGGCGAAGGCCGGAGCGAAGAUUGGGCAAAUACCUCUCCAAUUUCACAGUCUGUUUGGGAGGCGACACGAUCCGCUUGGGCGGCGACACGAUCCGCUUGGGCGCCAGCAACUCGCCACAAUGCAAACUUGUACAAGAGGAGAGCGCGCUUACAAAGCUACGAUGA